CGGUGACGUCAGAGUCGCUUGGCUGGUCCGUGGAGAAGGAGGAGGAGAGAGAAGCGGCGGCGGAGAAAGGGCGGCGGAUCGGCGGCCUUCGGGGGCGGCGAGAGGGACGGCGCCGGCGAGCCCCGGCUUCCUUCAUGACACCUUCGAGUCGCCGGCUAAGCGCGUUACGAAGCCUCCGCGACGGCCCCGGGGCCCACGGCUGCCGAGGAUGUCUCGCCAUGAAGGUGUAAGCUGCGACGCAUGCAUGAAAGGUAACUUCCGCGGAAGGCGAUACAAGUGUCUCAUUUGCUACGACUACGACCUGUGCGCUUCGUGCUACGAAAGCGGCGCUACCACGUCCAGGCACGCCGCGGACCAUCCCAUGCAGUGUAUCCUCACACGUGUCGACUUCGAUCUGUAUUACGGUGGCGAGGCACUCACUGCUGAGCAGCCCCAGUCAUUUACGUGCCCUUACUGUGGGAAGAUGGGUCUCACGGAGGCCACUCUUCAAGAGCACGUCACAUCAGAGCACGCAGAGGCCUCCACUGAGGUGGUUUGCCCAGUGUGUGCGGCGUUACCCGGAGGGGAUCCCAAUCACGUGACGGAUGACCUCGCCGCACACCUUACAGUCGAACACAGAACUCCGCGAGACAUCGACGACUCGAGUGGCAUCCGGCACAUGCGUCGAGUGCUGCACCCGGGCAGGGGAAUCGGCGUGACGCGCGUGCGCCGCUCCAAUAUGCACUUUACAGGGAACUCGACGGGUGGCGGGGGCCUCUCCAGCUCCUCGGCCUCGCAGGGAUCCUACUCUCCCAGCGCCCGCGAGGCAAUGGAUCCCAUAGCAGAGCUGCUAUCCCAGCUGUCAGGCGUGCGUCGCGUGGCAGGUGGCGCGCUCAACCCUGCCGGCUCGAUGGCCUCACAGCUGCAGCAGAUCCACAUGCAACUGCAGCUGGAGCGACAGCAAGCCCAGGCGGCACGUCACCAGCAGCAACAGCAGCAGCAACAGCAGCAGGGCGGAGAAGCGCGUAGCCAAGCCCGGCAGAACAACAACUCAGCCGCAGCUCACGGUGCAAGCCUGGUUCAGCAGCAGUCUGUUGCAAAUAACAACAACAAUGGAGAGAGUGGGCAAUCAGGGGCAGCAAACUCACCUUUUCUUCUUGACAGGUUAAACGAGGGUCAGCUGUGCGACGUAGAGCAGCAGGCCCUGGAGUGCGAGCGUGCUGAUCAUAGCCUGUUUACACAAGAGCUUUUGCUCUCAUCGCUGCUGCGCGUUGCGGACGUCGAGCACGAUGAUGACAAGGGCGGAGGAGAGCAGCAGCAGCAACAGCAGCAGCAGCACAGUUUCCUCAUGGGUGGUGGAGCCUUUCCGUGGCUUGAGCAAUCGCUCUUCGGUGGCGCCACCUCCUUCACCCCAUUCCCACGCGACCUCACGGCCAGCGAUGUGCCCUCCGCGGCUGCGCAUUUCUUUCCUGUGCGGGAGGCCUCCACAGGGAGCCGCCCAGCCAGUGAGAUUCCAGCCCUCGACGGGCUGAGCCUGGCAGACCACCGGGCUGUGAAGGAGCCUCCCCCGCCGCCUCUUUGAUGGCGCUCAGUGUGCCACCCCACGCCGUACAUGCCCCCUCUGCUGUAUCUGUCAGUGACGGUCGGUUAAUGGAAAAAAAAAUACUCUCGCUGGGGAUCGGUAAGGUUCACUAGUAAUUAAACCAAAUCACCACACUUGUGACCUAAUCAUAGCAGCGAUGGCUAUGGAAAAGGCAGAGUUUAUUAACGUUAUUUUUCUUAAAUUAUGGCACUUUUUCUUCAUUGAUCAGCUUGAUAAGCUGCACAAUGCCAAUGGAAGUCGUUUUAACGUUUUCAGCACUAAACCGGUUUCAUAUGUUGCAUUAUUCCUUCCCAGGUUGCUGUGUUUUGUUUUGAAAGUAGCUUCUUUCUCUAAAAAUGGAAACUUUAUUUGAAUCACACGAUCUCCCGACUUGUUAACUUGUUUUGUUACAAAAGGCAAAAGUUUGGUAUUUUUUUGACUUAAUAAAAUAAAUUUAAUUUACUUAUUGCAUGCUUAUGUGGGGUGGUGAUGUCUGAAGUUUCAUUUCUUGAUUGGUCAUUGUACAAGGUUCAUAAUCUCCAACUUGAGACUACAAAAAUAGUUUACACGUAAAACAAAAAUUAGGAGAGCAAUGGUACUUAAAACAGUAAUUACUAGAACGCAACAAAGUGCAUUUUCAGUCUAAGCCCAUUAAAAAUGUCAAAUUGCAAUUGGAACAUUUUCCAACCACCGUUCUAUUAUUUAAGACGAAAGUUGAAGGUUAUGUUACCAAAGAGUUAAUUCAGCCUGCCUGUGUUAUGGUUGUUACUAGUGAACCUUUGUUUUCAUUCAGUAAUUGGUAAUAUUUCUGCUAUGACACUCUACUGUAUAUUGUCACAAGUAUGCAUCUUCCAUCUUUUUUUUGUUUUUAUAUUCCUAGCGGCACUGUAACUCGUGUAUAUAGCUGUAAUGGAGGAGGAUUGUAUGUUCUUUUAAUUUCCCGCGAACACAAGUGGCUAUGUCUCAAGUUGAACACGGCACAGAUUAAACAGUUUUCAUAGUUAAAAAUACGAAAAAAGAGAGAAAAACCAAACUGCGGUGAUUUCUGGAAACUAUGCCUAUUAUGCUGCUGUGUGUAUGAAUGCUAAUGAAUAAAAUCGUGCUUGGAUGGUUUACCCUAACACUUGCAUGACGUUUUGUAUACAUCGGCAUGCAGUAAGUCUUGGACCUUGGUUUGUUCAUAAGUUGUGCCUAGUAAACAACUAUUACCAACUGACAGAUGGAUAUGAGCUUGUAUUCAUUGGAACACAGGUAUGCAGCAGAUGUGUUAUUAAUUUUGCUUCGGUUUCAUGUAAAAUACUAUACGAAAGAUGAGAACAUUGUAUUUAAAGUUAUAUUUAACGUUCCUUUUAAUGUAUUACCGUGCGAUAUAUAAUUUGAGUGCCAAGAUGUAGCUGAAUGUACCCGAGUGAGUGAAAAAUGAAUUGUCAUUGAAUUGCCAUAAGCAAAAAGUCUUCAGGAAUUCAAACCGCAGAGUUGGUACUUGCAGUGGUUAAUAUCUGGUGUUUGGUAUGAAAUCUUCCUCAAUACAUUAGUUCUGAUUGCAAUGUGGAUGCACUUAAGUACUUGAUGUGUGGGAACCCUGUACUUAUGUGUUAUAGAAACGAGACUUGCACAGCAAAUUGUCACUAUGACAAUCAAAAUGACUGCUCUGUCUAAUUAUGGCAAAUUCAGCAAUCCACGAUCUUAUAUUUAGCACUUAACAUUUCCAGUAACAUGUUUCAAAUGCUUACUUGGUGUAAAGAUGAGCAUCUUACAAAAUAAUUUUGGAGAAGUGUAAGCAUUACGUUUUUUUAAUGGCAUGGCGAAUGGUCAGAUGAAUUCUGUUGGCAUGUGUUGCGUUAAAUUUGCAUUGAGCGCAGUGUGGGAUAUUAACUCGGCUAUUCAAUCUUUGUGUGAGCAGGAGUGAGUGGAUAGCAACUGCACAAAAACCUCCAUAUAGUAAGGUAUUUAAUAGCAGCUAUAAGAAUGGUUGAUUCAUUUGUUAUAAUUUUACAUGCAGGUCCAUCGACAAGGUGUUGCCAAAUUACCAAUUGUGUAAUGCAUCCACCUUGUGAAUUACCAUUUUUUAAAUAGUUUUUUUAAACGUUUUAUUUCACCUCGUAAAUAAUCUAGCUUGUAAGAUUAAGGUGAAGAAAUGAAAUUACGGUGAUGUUUGUGUAGACCAUGAGGUGCAUGUCUAGGGCCUUAUAUUUCUUGUGAUUUUGGGAAUCGCUGUGACAGCCUCUAGUUUACUGAUCACUGAAGAUAUAAGGGCCUAAACAUUACGUUACUACGAGGUGAAACAGUAAAAAGAGACUUGUUUGGCUGCGUUUCAUGUAUGGGCACUGUAUGCUGGGCAGCCCUGGUGAGUCUGGUGAAUACUGAGCUGUUUGAAGCAGGUGAGUAAAGGGUGCUUUUUCUG